GCAGCUCGCGGCCCUGGCCCUGGCCCUGGGGCUGCGCGGACCCGGGUCUCCGGCGAGCUGAGGCGGCGGCGCCGGCCCGCGCGCCCCUUGGGGCCGCCCCCGCAUCCCGCUCGCCGGCGUCUGGCUCUCACGAUGAUGAAGAAGAAGAAGUUUAAGUUUAAGGUGGACUUUGAGCUCGAGGAGCUCUCCUCGGUGCCCUUCGUCAAUGGGGUCCUCUUCUGCAAGAUGCGGCUGCUGGACGGCGGCAGCUUCACCGCGGAGUCCCCCAGGGAAGUGGUGCAGGCAAACUGUGUUCACUGGAGAAAGAAGUUCUCAUUUAUGUGCAAAAUGAGUGCAAGUGCCACCACAGGCAUCCUGGAUCCUUGUAUCUACAGAGUAUCUGUGAGGAAGGAAUUAAAAGGUGGAAAAGCUUAUGCAAAGCUGGGCUUUGCAGAUCUAAACCUGGCAGAGUUUGCUGGAUCAGGAAAUACCACUCGUCGCUGUUUACUGGAAGGCUAUGAUACCAAAAAUACAAGACAGGAUAAUUCCAUUCUUAAAGUUUUGAUCAGUAUGCAGCUGAUGUCUGGAGACCCAUGUUUUAAAACGCCUCCUUCUACAUCAAUGUCUCUACCAAUUGCUGGUGAAUCUGAAUCUCUGGAAGAAGAUAGAAAAGGUGGAGAGACUCUCAAAAUCCAUCUUGGAAUAGCAGAUCUUUCAGCAAAGAGUGCCUCUGUUCCAGAUGAACUUGGUGCCUGUGGACAUUCUAGAACAUCAAGCUAUGCAAGCCAGCAGUCAAAAGUAUCAGGGUAUAGCUCGUGCCACUCCCGGUCAUCUAGCUUCUCUGACCUCUGCCACAGGAGAAAUACCUCAGUGGGAAGCACAUCAACAGGAAUUGAAAGUAUUCUAGAGCCCUGUGAUGAAAUUGAGCAAAAAAUAGUUGAACCAAAUCUUGAUACAUCUGGCAAAGAAGAUACCGCUUCAGAACCAUUCAACAGAUGCCCAGUGAAGCAAGAUUCUGUAGAAUCUCAGCUGAAGCGAGUUGAUGACACCAGAGUGGAUGCAGAUGAUAUUGUAGAGAAAAUACUGCAGAGUCAAGACUUCAGCCUAGAUUCCAGUGCAGAAGAAGAAGGACUGAGGUUAUUUGUGGGUCCUGGGGGAAGUACGACCUUCGGCAGCCAUCAUCUUCCAAAUAGGGUGGGGUCUGGAGCUUAUGAACAAGUUGUGAUCAAACGCUAGAAGUCAAGCUGGUGAACUGAAGCUUCUUCCCUGGGGGUUUGAGACAUGGGCAAUCAAGCUGUCAAGGCACUUCAUUCAAGCAUUUAUGAGAAAAUGAACAUAUUUGAAACAUGAAGCGCGUUCCUCUAUCAAGAGGAAAGCCAACACUGAUUCCUUCUGUGAAAGUGUGUGCCACAUCCUGUCCCACCCACCAAAAGGGAACAUCAGAACAGUAGUAUCCAGGUGCUGUGCCACGUGUGUUUAGAGGCACACAGCUUCUGUGGUCACUGCACAUGAUAAUGAAAGCCUGCUCUUUCUUUUGAAACAGCCAGGUGGGGAAAACAACAUUAUACGUCUGAGUAUAGCUCAGUCCUGAAGUGUAAAACCUGUAGUAGAGGUAGGUGCUCAACAGGUUUGGGCUCUAAUUAUUUAAUUUUAAUGUUUGGGAGAUAGUAAGUGAAUGUCUUGAACCCUAUAAAUUCUGUCAAGAUAGUUACAAUCUCUUAAGGGUAUCUUCCAUAAUAUUAUAUACUACCUAUGGUAUUGUACUAGGUUUAUUAACUCUUCUUAGUUAAAUAAUUGAUAGAAAGUUUGGGUGUUCAUCCUUCGGGGAAAUGCUAUACUACAGUCAAAGCGUGGAGAAUGCUUAAUUCUAAACGUAUCCGUCACAAGUGGAAUAAGCGUGUUUAAGUCUGAGAUGUGUGAAUGAGUGUAACGCCAUUAUUAUGCAGCAUGCAUUGUUACUUGUUAAUGUUAGAUGAGCUGCACAACUCCCGCUAGCACUAUAUAUGAGAUUCAAGCUAAGCUUAAUAUUCAAUAUGGUAGGCUCCCAUGAGGCACCUUAAGAGCUGUUCUAUUAUUCACUGAAUAAUAUCUGCUGGUUUCAGGAGUCAAAAUUCAGAACAGGAGAAAAACCUUAGCAUCAAAGCCAAGCAGCCUUUCUUGUGUAAGUUCAGACUUAUCUGAAACUGAAAAUUGUUCCAAGGAGGUGGCAGAUAAGACAGGGGACAGCUGCUUGACAUUACUGACAUAGACUCGUGAUUUUCUAUUUUAACUCCCCACGAUGGGAUAGUAUGUUUUUUCCUUUACUAUAACAGUUGUUGUUUUGAGACAAUAAAAUAUAACAUAAUCCAAUGCAGCUUUUCAAGUAUUAUCUGAUCUGGAUCCAGUUUAACAUGCUCAAAAGAUAGAUCAUCUUUUUAUCAGGUGGGAAGAGUUUUUCUGGUCUUACAUGACGAGUUUUAAUUUUCUUGGAAUCAUUCAGUCACUGCAGAAAAAUGUAGAUUCUUUAGAACCAGUAAUUCCCAGUCCUUACUUUCAAAACCAUGUCAAAAAAAAUGUGGUAUGUUUGAAUAAUUUUGGUCUAGGUAUUUUUGUUUUGGCAAAGUAAAGGGAAAAUAUAUUAAAAUAUUUCAAUACCCAAAUUUAAAGGUUUAGAAAAAUUUGAGUAGUUCAUGUUACAGUUUUCGGUUUUUUAACAAUUCAAGGAUUAGGUAUUCCAAAUUGAUCCAGUACUGUUGCACCUAGAUAUUUUUUAAAAGGUUAAAUUCCAUUUUAGAAUAUUUUGAAUGUUGAGAGAUAAGGUUUUCUGAGUUGUUACUAAUACUUUUGUUGUUUUGUUUUGAAAGGAAAAAAUGUGACCUGAACAUUUUAGUCUAACCAAGGAAAAUGUUAGCUGAAGUGGUAAAGACUUGCUUGCUCUCUGUGAUUAACAAGUCAAACUGGGACAGUUCAGAAAUUUACUUGGUCAAUUCUUAGAUGGUACGUCAUGUGAAUAUAGUCAAGUACUGUAACUGAAAUUGUUAUGCCACUUUCUGUGUUGGCUUAGGUACUAUGCAUAAUUUUAAUAGCCAAGAUGUUUAAGAAUAUGAACUCUAAAAAUAUAAAGGAUGAAAUUAAGCCUGUUAACCUUAUUUUAAGACUACUCUGGAAACAAAGGCCUUAUUAUUACCUUAUAUGUGAUUUUUCGUAAGAUAAUAUAUACACAGUAUAUUUUCAUCAUGUGAGUGGUCUCUAGCUACUCCCUAUAUGACAAAGCUGGCAAAAUUUUUUAUUUACACAGACAGCAUAGUCUGCAUUUACAAAUGUUUAUGUUCAUCUUAUAUAUAUAUAUAUAUAUAUAUAUAUAUAUAUAUAUAUAUAUAUAACAAAAUUCUCUUGCUGAUAUUCAUUGACCAAAUCCCAUGCAGAGAAAGACUUAGGAUAUAUUGUUUGAUUGUUUUUUGGAAAUAUGUCUUAUUCUGGAAGUUGGUAUACUUGUGGGUGAUCAUGUAAAUAUUUACCGAAAAAAAAAUUGUUAUGGAAGUGAUUCCAUUAGUAUUGUUCUAAUACUUGGAAAAUGACCUUCAUAUUUAUGUAUUUCUUUGUUUUACUGUACAACUAUAAUUCCAGGAAAUUUUUUUACCAAAAAAAAAAAAAAAACCCUUUUAUUGUAUUUGUAAUAAUGUUAAGGUGAAUCUUCAAUAAAAAUCAUCUUAAACUU